UGUGGUAUUUGUUGAUCACUUGAUUUGAUAUCAAAUUGAAUACUAAGUCUUGAAAUUGAAGAUCACCUCAAAUGGACAAUCAAUCCAUUUGUCAACACUAUCGCCAAGAGUUGGCUGUCGAGAGUUCGCCAGCGAUCGCAACACUUAAGACAUUAAUUGAAUACUUGAAGAGAGAUGAAUCCACCACUGCAUCGGGUCUUCGCGAUAAUGUCCGGUCAGCCAUUGAAUUGCUGAAGAAUACUGAGUCGCGAACUGAAGUGGAAUCAGUGGCAGAGAUUUACUUCAGAUUUAUUACAUUAAAAGCGUCGGAAUAUGACGAAUUUCGUGAAUUGAAAAGUGAAUUAUCUCGAAGAAGUGAUUUGUUUCUCAAGAAAAUGAUGGAAUGUCGCAAAAAAGUGGCCAAAAAUGGACACCCGUUCAUAUCGGACGGUUGCACUAUUUUAAUCCACGGCUGUUCCCGUGCUGUCAACUGUACGUUAGCCGAAGCAAAGAAAGCUAAUAAAAGAUUUACUGUUUAUGUGACUGAAUCUGCACCUGAUAUGAGCGGCAAAAUAAUGGUUGAAUGGCUUAAAGAAAACGGAAUUAUGAGUACUUUGAUUAUUGACUCCGCAGUCGCUUAUAUUAUGGAAAGAGUUGACAUUGUUUUGGUUGGCGCUGAAGGUGUCGCUGAAAGUGGAGGAAUAAUUAAUAAAAUCGGAACCUAUUCAGUGGCCAUUUGCGCCAAAUCAAUGAACAAACCAUUCUAUGCUUUAGCUGAAAGUUUUAAAUUUAUACGUUUAUAUCCCUUAAAUCAGUCCGAUAUUCCCGAUAGACUUAAAUGGAAAACCAAUACUGAUUUCGCUGAUCACCCACUCGUUGAUUAUACGCCUCCUUCUUAUAUAACAUUAUUAUUAACAGAUUUGGGAACUUUAACCACUGCUGCGGUCAGCGAUCAACUAAUGCAACUCUAUUUAUAG